AUGGCGCGUCUGUCGAGUCACAAUGGCGUGGCCAAGCCGUUUACGGCCUGGACCACUGUCCUCUACCUGCUACUUGUCUUCAUUGCGCCUCUGGCGUUUUUCGGGACCGCACACGCCGAGGACGACACGGCGCUGGAGUAUGGAACCGUUGUCGGUAUUGAUCUGGGAACCACUUACAGCUGUGUCGGUGUCAUGCAAAAUGGAAAGGUCGAGAUCCUCGUGAACGACCAAGGAAACCGUAUCACCCCGUCUUAUGUUGCCUUCACCGAUGAGGAGCGCCUCGUCGGUGACGCCGCCAAGAACCAAUACGCCGCGAACCCCACGCGCACCAUCUUUGACAUCAAGCGUCUGGUUGGUCGCAAGUUCAGCGACAAGGAUGUCCAGAAGGACGCCAAGCACUUCCCCUUCACCAUUGCCAACAAGGAUGGCAAGCCCGUGGUCAAGGUCGACGUGAACAAGACCCCCAAGACCAUGACCCCCGAGGAGGUCUCCGCCAUGAUCCUCGGUAAGAUGAAGGAGAUCGCCGAGGGCUACCUCGGUAAGGCGGUCACCCACGCCGUCGUCACCGUCCCCGCCUACUUCAACGACGCCCAGCGUCAGGCUACCAAGGACGCCGGUACCAUCGCCGGUCUCAACGUUCUCCGUGUUGUCAACGAACCUACCGCCGCGGCUAUCGCCUACGGUCUGGACAAGACCGGUGACGAGCGCCAGGUUAUCGUGUACGAUCUGGGUGGUGGUACCUUUGAUGUCUCUCUUCUGUCGAUCGACGACGGCGUGUUCGAGGUCCUGGCCACCGCCGGUGACACCCACCUGGGUGGUGAGGAUUUCGACCACCGCGUCAUGGACUACUUCGUCAAGCUCUACAACAAGAAGAACAACGUGGACAUCACCAAGGACCUCAAGACCAUGGGUAAGCUGAAGCGUGAGGUCGAGAAGGCCAAGCGCACGCUGUCGUCCCAGAUGUCGACCCGCAUUGAGAUCGAGGCCUUCCACCAGGGCAACGACUUCUCCGAGACCCUGACCCGCGCCAAGUUUGAGGAGCUGAACAUGGAUCUGUUCAAGAAGACCCUGAAGCCCGUCGAGCAGGUGCUCAAGGACGCCAAGGUCAAGAAGGCCGACGUUGACGACAUCGUCCUGGUCGGUGGUUCCACCCGUAUCCCCAAGGUCCAGGCCCUCCUCGAGGAGUACUUCAACGGCAAGAAGGCCAGCAAGGGUAUCAACCCCGAUGAGGCCGUUGCCUUUGGUGCCGCCGUCCAGGGUGGUGUUCUGACCGGCGAGUCGGCCGCCGACGGCAUCGUUCUCAUGGAUGUCAACCCGCUCACCCUGGGUAUUGAGACCACCGGCGGUGUCAUGACCAAGCUCAUCAACCGCAACACCGUCAUCCCCACGCGCAAGUCGCAGAUCUUCUCGACGGCCGCUGACAACCAGCCCACCGUCCUGAUCCAAGUUUUCGAGGGUGAACGUACCCUGACCAAGGACAACAACCUGCUCGGCAAGUUCGAGCUGACCGGCAUCCCGCCCGCCCCCCGUGGCGUUCCCCAGAUCGAGGUGUCGUUCGACCUGGACGCCAACGGAAUCCUGAAGGUCGGUGCCAAUGACAAGGGCACUGGCAAGGCCGAGUCGAUCACCAUCACCAACGACAAGGGCCGUCUUUCGCAGGAGGAGAUCGACCGCAUGGUCGCCGAGGCGGAGCAGUUCGCCGAGGAGGACAAGGCGGUCAAGGCCAAGAUCGAGGCCCGCAACGGGCUGGAGAACUACGCGUUCAGCCUGAAGAACCAGGUCCAGGACGACAACGGACUGGGCGGCCAGAUCGACGAGGACGACAAGCAGACGAUCCUGGACGCCGUCAAGGAGGUGUCCGACUGGCUCGAGGACAACGCGGCUGAUGCCACGACCGAGGACUUCGAGGAGCAGAAGGAGCAGUUGUCCAACGUGGCGUACCCGAUCACCAGCAAGCUGUACGGAUCGGCUCCCGAAGAGGAUGACGAGCCCAGCGGGCAUGAUGAAUUGUAA